AUUAUAUUUUGAUAUCAGCCGUACACUCAUCUCCAUAGGCACUCUCUCAUAUCUCUCUCCCGCGAUUGCUGGUGUUAUUUGUUUCUCUCUCUCUCUUCUUCCUUUUCUCUCUUUCUCUGAAACCCCUUUAUUCGAUCCCAAUUGAAUCUAGGGUUUUCGCUUUCCUCUUGGAUCUUUCUUGUGUGGAGGAACUGUAAGGUGAUUUGUGGAUUCGAGGGAUUGGUGAGGGAGUGCUAGGGUUUCACGGAGUGGGGUUUCUGUAGAUCUGACUACUGUUAGCCUCGUGGAGGCCAUUUCUUUUGCCGAAUUCAACAUGUUUUGGCGUAUGGCGGGCUUGUCCACUGCGUCUCCUGUGGAGACAAUUUUGGACAAGGAUAGUUUCACAUUGGAUGAACUUCUAGAUGAAGACGAAAUCAUUCAAGAGUGCAAAGCUCUUAAUGGACGACUGAUUAACUUUUUGAGAGAAAGAGCCCAGGUUGAACAACUUAUCAGAUACAUUGUUGAAGAAGCUCCUGAUGAUGCUGAGAGGAGACGGAAUAUUAAGUUUCCUUUCAUUGCCUGUGAGAUUUUUACUUGUGAAGUUGAUAUCAUCCUCAAGACAUUGGUAGAAGAUGAAGAGUUGAUGGAUUUGUUAUUUUCCUUUUUGGAACCAAAACAUACUCACAGUCCGUUUCUGGCUGGGUACUUCAGCAAGGUUGUCAUAUGCUUGUUGUUGCGUAAGACAGCUCCCUUUUUGAGCUAUAUUCAAGCUCAUCGAGAAAUUAUGCAGAAGCUUGUUGACCUGAUUGGAAUCACAUCCAUUAUGGAGGUCUUAAUACGGUUGAUUGGGGCUGAUGAACAUAUGUACGCAAAUUAUACAGACGCAGUGCAGUGGAUACAAGACUCAAAUGUGCUGGAGAUGAUUGUGGAUAAGUUCAGCUCUUCAGAUUCUCCAGAAGUGCAUGCUAAUGCAGCAGAAACACUUUGUGCGAUUACGCGUUUUGCACCUGCUGGACUUUCUGCUAAAAUUUCAAGCCCAAGCUUUGUUGGAAGAUUGUUUCGUCAUGCCUUGGAGGAAUCACGCCCAAAAUCUGUUUUAAUUAACUCAUUGACAAUAUGCAUAUCUUUGUUAGACCCUAAGAGAUUAAACAUGGGAGCAUAUCACAUGUUUGGCCGUCAAAUGACUCUUGGAUCCACUGUAACUGCUAAUCCAGAUACAGUUGAGGGCAUGCUGGAGAGCUUAGGUGAUUUGCUCAAGCUUUUAGAUGUUUCAUCUUCUGACAACAUCUUGUUAACUACAUAUGGCAAGUUACAGCCCCCUGUAGGAAAGCAUCGUUUAAAGAUUGUAGAGUUUAUUUCAGUGUUACUGGCAGUUGGCAGUGAAGCUGCUGAGAAGGAAUUGAUCCGUCUUGGAGCUGUACAACGAAUUUUAGACUUGUUCUUUGAGUACCCGUAUAAUAACUUUCUGCAUCACCACGUAGAGAACAUUAUAAUUUCAUGUUUGGAGAGCAAGAAUGCUCCACUUGUAGAACAUGUUCUCCGUGACUGUAAUCUUAUUGGGAAAAUACUUGAAGUGGAAAAGAACGUCACAUUGACAGCUGAUUCAAACAAGCCAACAGUCCCUGCUGAGGGCAGAUCGCCACCCAGAAUAGGGAAUAUUGGACAUAUCACUCGUUUAUCAAACAAAAUUAAUCAACUUGGGAAUUCAAAUAGUGACGUUCUGGCUAUAUUGCAGGGAAACAGUGAAUGGUCUGAUCAUACAAAUGUCUUAGCGAAGCGUAAUGUUCUGGAGAAUGUUUAUCAGUGGGCUUGUGGGCGGCCAACCGCAUUACAGGACCGGGCAAGGGACAGUGAUGAUGAUGAUUACCAAGAUAGAGAUUAUGAUGUUGCAGCCCUAGCAAACAACUUGAGCCAGGCUUUCCGCUACGGCAUGUAUAGCAAUGAUAUGGAUGAGGGCCAUGGAUCACUCGAACGCGGAGAUGACGAGGAUGUCUACUUUGAUGACGAAUCUGCUGAAGUUGUGAUAUCUUCUCUGCGGUUGGGAGAUGACCAGGACAGUGGUUCUCUCUUUACAAAUUCCAACUGGUUUGCUUUUGAAGAAGACAACAGUGAUCCCAAUGAGCGUUCAACCGGGCCACUUGCUUCCCCGUCACCUAAUGCAGAAGGAACCAGUGCUCUCAAUGGUGGUGAGAACGAUGUUAAUGUUGGGGAAGACAUUACAGUUGAAGUAAAAAAUGUUUCAGAAGACGUUAAUGCUAGUGAGGAGGAUGAAUUGAUCGACACUGCAACAUCUUCGGUAGAACCGGAAGCAAAAUCAGAAGAUACUGUGUUGCAGGAAUCUAGCACUUUAAGAGAAAUGGAAUCAAAAGAAACUGAUAAACCCCCUGAGUGGGUUGAAUGGAGGGAGACUUCGGACUCUGGUGACCCAUCUAAUAUCCUACCAAAUGGUGAGCUUCAGUUGGAAUCUUCAGAUGCUGCGAAACCUUUGGAAUCCCCAGAUGCUGCAAAACCUUUGGAAUCUUCUGAUGCUGCCAAACCUUCUCCCUCGUCUCCUGAUAAAGUAGCAGACAAUGAAGAAGCUGCCAGUGGACCUUCGGCAGCAUUAGAGGACAAGACCCCAAGUCCAGUUCCUGCUGAGCCAUCAAAAUCAGAUGAUGAGACUGCAGUUUCAGACCCAGCCACUACCGGCAUUGCUGAGACAACAGUUGAAAAAGAUGGCAGCUCUUCGAAAGCUACCAUUGAAGAUAAAAAGGAAAAAGAAGUAGAAGGGAACUGAUGUAAAUUCUCAAAUUCAGUUUUAACUGGGCUAACUCGGAAUUUAAGCAAAACAUUGAUCGUCAGGUGGGAAAGUUGGAUUUUAGACAAUUUGGUUGGCUAGGCAACUGUAUUAUAUAGAGCCUUGUGUGCAUUGAUGGUGCAGUUGUAUUAAAAAGCAGGGCUGCUGAUUUUUUUGUCCCAUACCUGAGAAUUUGCUCUCCCCUUAGCCUCAACUUCAAGAAAGCAAAUUUUAAGGAAAAGAAAAGAAAAAAACCAAUUGGGGAGAGGUUCUGAUUUGCGAACUCUCUAGCCGGUAGUAGUAGUACAAUGUUUCUAUUUUGGUAUUUUCUCUCACGUGUUGCAUACAUUUUUCAUCAAGGAUCUGUCAAUAUAUAAUUUCCUUUUUUUAAUUUAUUCUUAAGUACAUCCAUGUUCAAAUGAUUUCAGAAGCUAAUCUGAAUAUAUCUUGAUUGCUAUUAUUGUAA